AUGACUCAUCUUGGAAUGGUUCAUCUAAUUCCAAGUUUUCGUUCCAUAACAGAUACUGCGAAAGCCCAAAUAGAUGGGUUUCAUGGUUGUGGCAUCUCAACGGCGAAGACAAUGCGGUAUAUGGCUGGAGUAUCUGGAGGGUAUUCAUUGGUAGGUUUUUUGAAGAAAGAUGCUUACAACUACGUCGAUAAAAGGCAUCGUGCAAAGAUAGUUGAUGGAGACGCGAACGCAGCUAUAGUGUACUUGGAGGGUAAAGUUGAUGCAGACCCGACUUCGAUAGCAAGGUAUAAUGUGACGGAGGACGAUAUGCUAGCGAAUUUACUCUGGGCCGACGGUGGCAACAGGAUAGAUUACCAAUACUUUGGAGACGUACUUGCAUUCGACUCAACCUAUAAGAAGAACAAAUACACGAGGCCGCUGGUGAUUUUCUCAGGAUGA